AGCUCCGCGGGGUCCGCAGCCCCUGCCGCUCGCCGGUGGAGGGUCCCUGGUCCUAGGACGCCGGCCCGGAGCGGGGCACGCCGCAGGCCGCGGAGAGGCCGGCUCGAGAGCUGGGAGGAGCUCGGGGGUGGGCGCUGCAGCCGCGGGUUGUUUAUCUGGAGUACGGAGGGGAGGGGGGAGCCUGGAAACCGCCCCGUGUCCCAUUUCCUCCUCUUGUUUUCGCUCCGGAUUCUCCAUGUUGGACCCAAACUGAGGAGCCCGGAGCUGCCACCGGGGGAUCGGGGCUGGGGGCACCGGGAAAGCCGUUGCCUGGGCCGCCUGCCCUCUGUGCAGGCCGCCUCCCUUCCCAGCCCGGGGAGGAAACACGAGGCGGGGAUGUGAACAGCUGUGGGAGUCCGAGUCUCUGGAGCCGGAGCCCGACGGGCCCCCGCCCAGGCCCCCCAGCCCAGCCCGCCUGCGCGCCCGCCCGCCCGCGCGCGCGUGUCCGUCCUCCCGCCCAGCCAGCCCGGGCCCGCGGGAUUGUUAGAUGGAACACGGCUCCAUCAUCACCCAGGCGCGGAGGGAAGACGCCCUGGUGCUCACCAAGCAAGGCCUAGUCUCCAAGUCCUCGCCCAAGAAGCCUCGUGGCCGGAACAUCUUCAAGGCCCUUUUCUGCUGUUUUCAUACCCAGCAUGGUAGCCAAUCAAGCUCUUCCACUGAGCUCACCUACAGGGAGGAGACCAACACCAUUGCUAAGUCGGAUCUGCUCCAAUGUCUCCAGUACCAGUUUUAUCAGAUCCCUGGGACCUGCCUGCUCCCAGAGGUGACAGAGCAAGAUCAAGGAAGGAUCUGUGUGGUCAUUGACCUGGAUGAAACCCUUGUGCACAGUUCCUUUAAGCCAAUCAGCAAUGCUGACUUCAUAGUGCCUGUGGAGAUUGAGGGGACCACGCACCAGGUCUAUGUGCUCAAGAGGCCUCACGUGGAUGAGUUUCUGAGACGGAUGGGGGAGCUCUUUGAAUGUGUUCUCUUCACUGCCAGCUUGGCCAAGUAUGCUGACCCUGUGACAGACCUUCUGGACCGGUGUGGGGUGUUCCGGGCCCGCCUGUUCCGGGAGUCUUGUGUGUUCCAUCAGGGCUGCUACGUGAAGGACCUCAGCCGCCUGGGAAGGGACCUGAGGAAAACUCUCAUCCUGGACAACUCACCUGCAUCUUACAUCUUCCACCCAGAGAAUGCAGUGCCUGUGCAGUCCUGGUUUGAUGACAUGGCGGAUACAGAGUUGCUGAACCUGAUUCCAAUCUUUGAAGAGCUGAGUGGAGCAGAUGAUGUCUACACCAGCCUUGGGCAGCUGCGGGCCCCUUAGCCUUCCUGCUACCAAGAAACAGCCAUCCCAGUAGGGGACUUUGCUAACUGUGCCUUUCUGAUCAGCCUGACUGACCGAACUGAGCAGAUGCUGGAGCACCUUGCCAAAGGGUCUAGAAGUAGCCAGGAAGUGGCUGACAAGAGCUUUAGAGCAGGUUAGGUGCAGAGCAGGCAAAUCAGACUGAUGUCCAGAGCUGUCUGCACCCUGUGUUUGGUUCCCAGGUGUCUGGGUGCAUGUGUGUGCGCGCAUGUGU